AUAUCUCCAGUUUUCAUUGAUAACGUUAGCAAUUUCUAAAAAAGGGCGUUUUGAACUGUUAAUUUUAAACAUAUUGCCUUGCUUAUCCUGUUCGCGGUGAUGCGUGUAACAGCCUUCCCAGGCGAUCAGCAGCACGAACAGAACCGUAGCAGCAGUGUCUUCUCCCGUGGUAACUCACUGGUCAUGGCACCGGCCAAGCUGAACUAUCGUAUAUCUGUGUCGACGUUUUUCGCCAAAUCACACCCCAGCGAUGAGUGCUGCGGUAGCAAUGGACUUCCGUUGACACCGAAUUCGAUUGGAAUCUACGGCCGGGCGCAGCUGUUGAAAGGGGAAACGCUCAAGCACGAGAAUUUGUGUGAAUAUUUGGAUGUUGUCCGGGGAAAACACGAGAGGACUAUUAUUGUGCAGGAAUACGCGGGUAGUCCUCUGACGGAGACGUUCAUCGGGGAGAAUAAUAAACCGGAAACUUUGAUGCGAAUUGGGUACCAGAUUCUGAGGGCAGUUGCCCACCUGAAUGAGAGGAAUAUUAUGUGUCGGAAUUUGGAGCCGGUUAAUGUGCUCAUUAGCAGAGAUUUCAGUGUCAAACUGUACAAUUAUGGACUGUAUUAUAUGACUGAUAGUGGGAAAUAUGUCUCAUUUCCGAUUGGUAAUUUGAAAUAUCAUGCACCAGAAGUCUUGCUAGGUUCCAAAGGAAACUUUAAAAGCGAUGUCUGGGCACUUGGAAUGAUUUUAGCAGAGUUGGCUCUUGGUUGCAAACUAUGGGACAUACUCAAAUUGUCACAGAUUGUGCGAAAAAUACUCAGCCUGACUGCGGUUUCAAACGUUUUUGAAAAGUUAGCUCGCGAGCACGGUCAGCUCGAAUUGUAUCAAAUGUUAGAUCCGGCCCUGCGGCGUAUCAUCGAGGAAUGCCUAACUGUAUCAGUUCGGAAACGUCCUCAGGCUCAGGAACUUGUAGAAGAUGAAGCUUUCGAUUUUCUGCGAGGCGAAACAUUCUGCUCGCUUGAUCCAGCGGGAUUAACCUUACUAGAGAAACAUUGUGGCAAUUUAUCUGAAAUAUACUAUCUCUGGCAGCUGGCCGGUGGAGAUGUGCAGCAAGAACUGAAGAAAGAGGGACUGGUCAGAAGCGAAGCUCCUAUACUGUCCAUUCCAAACUUGGUACUUCUGAACGGAAAAUCGAUUUCUCCACCCAAAAGCCAGAGCUUCCUCCAUGACUGCCGCAUAAUAUAUCUUAACUUCAACAUUCUACUGGAACGACUAUCAAAAAUCCCCGAGGAGGACUACCUACCAUUGAUUUACACCACCAACGCCUAUCUGGAGUCUCCAAUCUUCAAAACCGAUCUACCGUUGGUGAUCCGUGAGCGUGAUACCGUUUACCAGUUUUAUCGUAUCAUGUUGCUGAAAACGCUACUCCAAGGAUACCCGUACACUCAGGAUCUACUGAAGAGUUUUGCCAGCAAGGACAUUCCUCCUCCGUUCCGUGGUCACGUAUGGGCCUGUCUGCUUGGAGUAGUGGAAAAUGGUCUCUACGAACAGUUGGACAAGUGUACCCCCACCCAUACGGAUCGGCAAAUUGAAGUUGAUAUUCCUCGUUGUCAUCAGUACAACGAGUUACUUUCGUCUCAGGAGGGACACACGAAGCUGAAAAGGCUUCUCAAGGCUUGGGUUACCGCCCAUCCGCAGUAUGUCUACUGGCAGGGUUUGGACUCACUAACGGCUCCGUUUCUGUAUCUGAACUUCAACAAUGAAGAGCGAGCGUUUCUCAGUCUUUACAAGUUUAUUCCAAAGUAUCUGCACUUGUUUUUCUUGAAGGACAACUCUUCGAUUAUCAAGGAGUAUUUGGUGAAAUUUUUCCAGUUGAUAUUUUUCCACGAACCUGUUUUGGCGAAGCACCUUCAUGGGAUCAAUUUUAUUCCGGAGCUGUACGCUAUUCCAUGGUUUCUAACCAUGUUCAGUCAUGUUUUCCCGCUUCAUAAGAUUUUUCAUCUUUGGGAUAAGCUUAUACUAGGAGACAAUUCGUACCCGUUGUUUAUCGGUAUCGCAAUCCUAAAGCAACUUAAAAACACGCUCCUAAAAUCAGGGUUUAACGAAUGCAUACUACUGUUCAGCGAUUUACCAGAUAUCGUAAUGGAAACGUGCGUGAAUGAUUCGGAAUCUAUGUAUCAAUUUACACCUAGAAGCAUAACGUACCGCAAAUUUGCAAUGCACGAAGAGGAACCAACGGAAUUUGAUCUCAAAUACUCGGAUGAAGACCACGGUGAGGUACAAACUGAGCUUUACCCCCGCAUCAGCGUUUACGAUUUGAUUAGAUUGCUGAGAGAUCGUCCGAGCAACGUGGCAGUUUUGGAUCUGCGAAGCAACCUGGAACAUAAGAAGGUGGCAAUCGAAAACAGUGUAAACAUUCCGUUCAGUUCGGUUGCGCUAAAAGAAACACGGCUAGAAGUGUUGAAUGUGCCGAAACUGGAACAAUAUCUACGGAACAAGAUUCCCGUCAUCUUGAGUACGUCGCACGAAAGUGCAAUAUUGUUUGCUAAAUUUUUGGUCGAUUGUCAUGUUCCGUAUGUGUGCAUUCUGCAUCGAGGCUUUGAGGCAAUAUAUCGAAUAGACGAUAAAUUGAUUCUCCAAACAUUUGACUACAUUAAUACACUAGCUAAAAGUGUACCGAGCAUCUCUAAUUUUGUUGAAUCUUAAUGUUGAUUAUCGCAAUGCUAGCAUUUUUAGGAGUAUAUUAAAUAUUAUUUAUUCGG